AUGGGAAAUUUGGGCAAAGUGACUGUGAUUGCAAUAUUUAGAGUUAAAAGCCGUGUCCUGCCCAUGUGCAGAAUCUGUGAAGCUGGGUUGCCCCAGCCCCCAGGCGCCUCUUUCUGCUUUGCCCUGACUGCAUGUCUUCACUGUCACCUUAUCUGGAAGCCCGGUUUGGUUUGGCUUCGUAUCAGGGUGGGGAGCUCUGGGACUGGGGGUGGUCCACAGUCGCCCUUAGAGAUCAGGGUCCACUCCUGUGCCACCAGCAUUAACAAAGACAAGCUUGCAUAUCACCCCUGUCCUCUGCGAGCCUGA